AUGGAAUCAAAGGUUUGCAUAACUACAACAGACAAUAACUAUGAUGAAAAUAAACCAUUAAAAUGGUUAUCUAAAAUAGAUGAUGAUACAAACGAAGAAUUUAUUGAAAAAUUUGACAAACAUCAAUUAUCUGUUGAAACAUUCGAUCAUCGAACACUAUUGAGAAUAAUAUGGACUUGUUUAAAAAAUUACGGUAGAAAAGAAACAGUCAAAGCAAUAUUUGACCAUUUGAAGAUCUAUAUCAGAGAUCUAAACGAGACAUUAAUCUAUUUUUGGAUUCAGAUAGUUCAUUAUGAAUUGGCAACAACAAAAAGUUCGACAAAUGAUUUUAGAGACUUCUUAUUAAUGAAUCCUCAAUUACUGAACGAAAUAGCAUUACCUUUGAGUUAUUACAAGAAAGACACAUUAUUUAGUAAUCAAGCAAAAACAACGAUUAUUUUGCCAGAUCUUAAACACUUGCCAAAUAUUUUACCAACACCGUUCGCUUCUGCUAUCAAUACAAUAGAGAAAAAUGUCAACGCGGCAAACGAGCAACAAGUGAACGAAUUAGAUGAUGAUAAAUUUUUACGACAAUUUGAAUCAUAUACGUUAACGAGUUGGUCUGAUAGAGCUCACUUACGUAUAUGGCUUGGCUUUACUUGA